AUGCUGAAAUUUAAUCAUCAGUCUAAUGCUCUCGAAUUCAUACCAGCGUUUCUCAAUGUUUCAUAUAGUGUUUCAUUGUUCUUUAAACAUUCAUCAGAUGCUCAAAGUUGGGCAAAUAAAAUCAGAUUUAUCAGAAAAGUAGCAAAUAAAACAGAUAUGAUUUUCCCUCCUGUAUCAUGUCCAGUUAUAUUAUACGAUCCAUCACAGCCAACACCAAAAUUAAACUUAGAAUUAUCAUUUAUGAAUAAUAAGGUCACUUUAGUAACAUCAAACAACAAAAUCUUACAAACAUUUAACGUAUCUACUAACACAAGCUUUAUUUUCAUAUCUCCAUUUAAGACAAUCUCAAUAGAAGACCGAAUGAACGCAUUUUCUUUUUUACAGCCUAAUUGGUCUGAAAAAGCAAUAGUUUGCGAUUCGAAAUGGUGCUUUGGGCUAAUAACAUUAACGAUUUACUUAAUGACUUCUCGCCAAUACGCACAAAAUCUGAAAAAAAUUAAUAUUCCAGUAUUUAUUGCCUCAGAAUUUCCGGAACAUCGUUCAAAUGAGCUUGUUUGCAGUGAGGUAAACAUGAUUACUUCAAUGGAAGAACCAAAUUUAUCGAAAAAUUUGUCAAAUUCAAAAAUUCAAUUUAAACCCGUUUCUGUACCAGAAAAAGCCAGCUCUAAGCUUGAAUUGUUGAUGUUCGAUACACAAAUCAAGAGGAAAAUUUACUUUUCUCAGAUUUUUAAAAAGAAAUCUCAAAAAAAUCGAAAAAAUCAAGGACAUUUUUACAAAAAAACUCUAUCAUUUGAUGAAGAACUAGCCAAACUCAAGCGUUAUGACCAUUUCAACAUUAAACUUGAUAAUUUGCAGCUAAAUGAAAAAGAAUUUCCAGAAAUUACAAAAAUUGACUAUGUAGAUCAAUUUUUACAUCCGAACAUUGCAUCUCAGGAUCUUAUAGAUUUCUAUACAGCUAUAGGAUUUAAAUCUACGUCAAAUUCCAGAAAAAUUAAUGGAUAUCAAUUUUCAAAAGACGUAGGAAGCUUAGUUCUUCAACUCCUUGAUGACUGCAGUGUUAAAAAUCCUGUUUUCAGUCAAAUCUGCUCUGGUAUUGCCUACGUUUUGCUUAAAGGAGCAAAUGAAAAAAAUAUUGUUCAACAAAUUAAAGAAAAGUUUCCAGAGAAUAUCACAAAAUUUAUUCCAAACAACAAUGAUGAUGUUUAUAAGCGUUUGGUCAUCUUUGUUGCAAGGAUUAUCAUAUCAAAAAGAAUUACUGACUUUAUCAACAGAGUAAUGAACGACAGUGAGUGGAGAUAUUCUUAUUAUGACCAUACGUCUCCGAUUUACUCAACAGAGUUCUUAGAAUUGCUUUACGCUGCAAUUUUACCUCUUCAUACUAUGAAAUUCGUUGGACCACUUGACUACAACAGUCUUCUUUCGCAUGAAUGGAAGCAUGACUUCUUAUCUCCUUCAGUCAAAGUUGAAUUACAGAUCAAGAAUAUCCAGAAUCUUUUAAUUCAACAAGACAAAGCUAAGAUACAGUCAACAGUCGCUGACAUUGUUAGCGAAACAAUUAAUAACUUCCAGAAAUGCUACUCACAUCCUGUUCCCUGCCCUCUACAAUCGAUGAAAUCUGUUUGGUACAUUUUUGCCAUCAGUGUGUCAUUGUACAGCCACGAAAACAUUACUAAAAUGCGUGAAUGCGUCGAAUCAUGCACUAUUCUGUUGAAAGACCCAGAUUCCAUGUUGAAUAGUUUAGUAAUGCAAGGAUUUAAGAAAGGAUUAUUAGGAUACUGGUGUUUUGCAGCUGUUAUGGCUGGAAGAGAAGAUAAUUUGUUCUAUGAAGACUCAUUUUUGUCUGAUGAUUCAGAAAUGCUAUCAUAUAUUGACGGAAUUCACAUAUUAUCUAAGAUAUUAGCCGAUUUAUCAUUAGAGUACUUACCAGAAUAA